CCACAACACCAUCCAGCCCUCGCCGUAUACGCUGCACACACUCGAACACCACAUUGUAUUUGUAACCGCCCCUCACGUUGACUCUGGUGCAUGGCUUCGCGCAGCACCCCGUCGCUCGCUCGUCUGCACGCAUCUCCGUGCUUUUCCCGCUAGACGUCUCACUCUCUUACCGAUGACACGAUUGCCCCGGUAGCUCACGCCGCGCACGAGACCCGCUCACUUGCGGCUGCCCUCGAGUCCUCCCUUCUCCACCUCGCUGCCCCGCCCCCAACAGACGCCCGCACAGUCGCCCACCAUGUUUUGGCGGUUCGGCGGCUAUGCGCAGCUGUCGUCGCUGGACAGCAUCCUCGACAAGCCCGACGUCACCGUCGAGGAGCUGCUGGACGAGUCGGACCUGAUACAAGAGCUUAAGCAGCAGAACUCGAAGCUGAUAGAGUACCUGCGCGACGAAAAAGUUCUCGAGCGCCUGCUGCGCUAUGUCAUUGCCCCCAAGUCGCCCCGGUCGCCCGACGAGGAUCCGGCCGCCGAGUCGAGCAAGGCCAACGAGGGCUUCUUCGGCAGGGUCACAGCCCGGGCGCGAUCGGCGUCGACAAGGUCUGAACCGGGCGACGGCGACGAGAGCAAGGAGGAGAAGCAGCGCAUGAAGUAUGCAUACGUUUCCUGCGAGAUUCUGUCGUCCGAGGUCUGGUCGAUAUCCGAGGCGGUGCUAGAGAACCAGGACACGCUGCGCCAGUUUUGGAAUUACGUCAAGCAGCCCGCGCCCCUCGAUCCAGUGCAGGCCGGAUACUUUACAAAAGUCAACGAGUCACUGCUGGACCGCAAGAUGGAGGAGAUGCUCGACUUUUUCAAGUCAAUCGACAAUGUAGUCGCCGACAUGCUUCAGCACAUUGACUGCCCCAUGAUCAUGGACCUCCUGUUGAAGAUUAUAUCGCUCGAGAAGAGUGAAGGCGGCCAGGGCAUUGUUGAUUGGUUACAAUCGCAGAAUCUAGUCCCGCAGCUAGUCGCCUACCUCGCACCGGACCAACCUGCCUCAUACCAGACGUCCGCCGGAGACUUUUUAAAAGCCAUCAUUACCAUAUCCGCCAACGCUACUACUCAAGACCAGUCCGUGAUUGGUCCCAAUGAGCUCACGCGGCAGCUAGUCUCGGAAAAAUGCAUCAAGCAAAUGAUUGAGUACAUGCUGCACGGAGGCAAUCCGCUCACCGUCAGCGUCGGCAUCAUCAUUGAGGUUAUCCGAAAGAACAACUCCGACUACGACCUGGACAACCAGAUUGGCCCAGUUCCCAAAACCACAGAUCCCAUUUAUCUGGGGACACUGCUCCGGCAAUUCGCACAGCAUAUUCCGCGCUUCAUGGCACUUGUCCACAACUCUAGUCAAACAGUAACCAACAAGGACGGCUCGACAUUUUCCCGAAAGCGAGAGCUGAAGACGGCGUUUGGCGAAAAGAUUGAACCCCUUGGGUUCGACCGCUUCAAGACGUGCGAGCUCAUGGCCGAGCUGCUGCAUUGCAGCAACAUGGCACUGCUCAACGAGCGCGGUAGCGAGGCCGAAGUCAAGCGCAGAGAUGCCGAGCGAGACCGCCUCAAGGCCGAGGGCAAACUGACUGCGCGGGAAGCCAAUGCAGGCGACUUUUCGACUAGCGUGGAUAGCCAUGGCUUUCAUCAUGCACGAGCACCCUCUAGUGAAGCGCCCGAGGUGAUUAAGCGGCUAGAAGUCCAAAACAGCUCCGAGGACGAUUUUGAAAAGGUUACUGCAUCCGAAGCAGUAUCCGAAGAUUCAAAAGCUAACUCUGAAAAGGAGCAGAUUGGCGAGCCCCUGGAGCGUUCACCAAAGACGUCGCCCAACGAGCCGCCUAGCGAGAAACAGCAAGAGGGGGAAGGUGAGUUUGUCGACGAACCACUCUCACCGGUCAAGGACGCCUCAUCACCCGCAGCCACCACUCCAGGCAAGCCCGCCGACGACGCAGAGUCACCCACCUCUGCCGGCCUUUCGGCCAAGGUGGGCGGCCUAGGUUUAGACAAUGACACUGUCAUGGGCGACCGUGAGGAGAAGACAGAAGACCAGCCUUCAAGUGAGCGUCCUUCGCUUCUCACGCAGCAGCUGAACAAGGCGGAGGCGGAAGUUGCCGAAGCACCAAAUCUCUCGCCGCACCCCGAAGACAAGCCCGCACCCUUGUUUGCUGGCAAACCCCGCAGCAGCGAGUCCCCUGAACAAGCAUCGCAGUUCACAUCCGGUGCAGCCGAGAGCGAGGGCUCCGAGGUUACGCCCAUUGACGAUCGUAGUAGUACGCGCUCAGUGUUAUUUGGUGGAGUCGAGGGCCAGUACGCUCCUCAGUACGAGGUCGACAUUGAUGGAUCGCCCGUGGUUGGCGACCUUUUGAAGAUGCAAUUUGUCGACCACAAGGUCGUACCAACCAUACUCGACUUUUUCUUUCGGUUCCCCUGGAAUAACUUUCUCCAUAAUGUUGUAUACGAUGUCGUUCAGCAAGUGUUUAAUGGGCAGAUGGAGCGAGGUUACAACCGCAGCCUGGCGAUUGACCUUUUCGACACGGGUCGCAUCACCGAGCGCAUCAUCGAGGGCCAAAAGGCCAGCGACAAGGCUCAAGAGGAGACUCACAUGCGCCUCGGGUACAUGGGCCAUUUGACUCUUAUCGCGGAAGAGGUGCUCAAGUUUACUGAGCGACACCCAGCGGAGCUGCUGUCACAGUCUGUCCUCGACAAGGUUAUGAGCCAGGCGUGGAUAGACUAUGUUGAGCAGACGCUGGCGGAGACGCGAGAACGGGACAAUGCCAUUCUCGGCGGCGUCCGUCCUGACAUGAGUGUAGGUCCCAGGCAGGCCGUGCUCAAUGCAGUGAAUGCGGCCUCGGGCUUUGGCAACGACGGCGGCUCCUCGCUUGCCAAUGCCAACAGCGGCAACAUUGGUCUCGAUAGCAUGGAGCUUACGAACCCCGAUUCGGGCGGCGGAUACACCUUCAACAGCGGCGGCCUCCUCAGCGGCUUCACCAAUUCGAGCGAUGAGGAGGACGAGGAAAUGGACGAAGUCGACAGCGAGCGAGAACGGCAGCCACCUGUGAGUGACUCGGAACAAGUGGGUGAACUCUCAUUUGAAGAUGUUGAGAUGGACUACCGAUAAUCACGACCCCGACACUAUACUGUCCGCGCGUUG